AUGUUGACCAAGACUCUACGCCACAAGGAUGCUUUGGGAAGAUAUAAGCUAAUCAAAGACAAGUAUGAUGUUCAAGAGCAUUUCUUACGCCCAAAGGAUGGAAAAUUGGAGCCAUUGACUGUGCAGGGCGUUGAGAACACAGUUGGCUAUAGCCAUGUGCCCACUGGGGGUAGAAACUGGGGCUUUAAAGGAGAAUCGGCACGGCGCAUUCCGGUUAUCAUGAGACUAGUUGGCUGGAUGUAUUCUUUCAGGUAUAAAGAUGGAAGUACAGAGAAACGAGAUAUGUCUGCGGAUGGGACCGAUUUUGUACUUUUUCUUGUUUGGUUCCCAUGCUGCCUCAUCCUAGCAUUGCUGCUCAUCAUACCACAGAACCUCGAAGGUCAAUUCAAAAAUCAGGGAUUCUAUGACCCUAUCCAUUAUCGGGACUGGCGUUACCCGAGGGUAUCACGGAACCGCUACGAGGGGCAGAACGAGGAUGAAUCCGAAGAAGAGAAGGUCCAGCAUAAACCUAGAGACAUAGAAGCAAGAGCAAUCUCCCGCCCUAUAACGGCCGCAUACGGAAGACCCGCCACAACCAACGAUGAUAGUGACGGAUUGCUACCCCGACACUUCGGCCCUAGGUAUUUGUGCUUUGUGACAGAAGGCCAUGAAGGGAGCGGCGCCGAAUUCAAGAUCCGCAAGGUCUCAGAUUGGAUUAGAGAUCAUGGAGAGCACGCAUAUAAUGGCUUCGUAUUUCUUUCGUAUACGCGUCAUCAGUUCUGCGUAGAUUCCGAAGGAGAGAUCUACGAUCCGACUAGAUGGACGGGACUUUCCGAAGAGCAAAGAGAGGACCUCGUACUAAUAGCAAAGAGAGACCGACAAGCUUUAUUAAAAAAAGGAGUCGAGGCCGCCCGUUCAGCGAACAGGGUAGCUUUCUGGGUAGACUUUGAGUGUAUUCGUGAUAUUGACACUCAGUCAGACGCUACUGGAGAGAAUACAGCCAACAGUAAGAGCGACGAUGUGUAUCGAAUUUGCGACAUUGUGCGAGCGGCACAUUCGAUGGUUAUCCUCGUCGGACCCUCCCUCGAAAGUAAAAUUCAAGGCGCACCAGAGACAUACAGUGAGACCAUCACGAUAAAGUGGCUACAGGCAUAUGGGGAUCGUCUCUGGACCCUCCCAGAAAUUUUACUAUGUCCAUCUGAGUUCCGGAUCAAGUUGCACUUUUACGGCAAACCUGGGCCGCCUGAAGAGUUAGCCAAACGCGACUUUCCAUCUCGGGCCGUGUGGAAAGACGCCGAUCGUGUGAGGGAGCUUGUUGACCAUUUCGAAUCAACAAUUCAUUUAUCUCCUUUAGAACUAGUCAGCAUUGGUCUGGAAUGUCUAGCGGAACGGAAUACGCAGAAGUUUAGGGAGGGUGAUAUCGCAUAUGCUCUCAUGGGGCUUCUGCGCCGGAGACCAAUAACUAACGACAAAGAUUCCAGCUUCGAGGCAUUCGCCAGGUUAUCCCUAGCUAACGUCAAUGAUGCACUCCUAGAACGGCUCAUAUGCAUGCAGCCACUCCGUCGAAAUGCCCCGUGGUACGAAAUUGAAGACGCUUUUGGAGUACGGCUCUGGGAUAUCGAACCGCGAUGCCAAGUAGCCGGUAUUGUCGACGACCAGGCCGUUACACUAGAUGGCGCGGUUGGAGCCUCGAUUCAGUGGGAUCGUAUGGAUCAAGUUGCCUUCUUCAAGAGACCAACGAUGGCUCGUGCCUUCGCGAAGGUAGUGCUUCGCACAAUGCCAGCCUACCUGUUUGGCGGUAUCUUGAUGGUAGCAAUUGUCGCCUCUAUGCUUUCACAGUUCCAGUCAUUAUCUUACAUCGGCGUCAGUUUAGAAGACUUGGGAGCGGGCCGGCACUUGGAAGCGGGCGGGCAGGCCAUCCUUGCAAUAGGAAUUAUCUUUCUCGUGCCAGGAGCAAUUGUCUUCUUUCUUGCUCCAUACAUGAUCUUUGAGCUCUACCGCGGCGAGUUCUGGUCUACGCAGGCCACGUUCAUUGGUAUUGAGGGUGUCCCAGCCAACCUAGGCUGGGUUGAGCGUAACCUCUUCGGCUUGAACCAGGGACGGUUGAAGUGGAGUGUCGCGGGAAGCACGUUAUCGCAACACAAACUCUCGGCGGACGAUGAGUGCGAGGCUCUCCCGCCAAAAGACAGCACCCCUGCAUCGAAUCUCACAAAUAGAAACAAGACGAAUUACACCAAUGGGGAAGAGAGGCCGUUUACGCUGAUCGAUACAUACACGCGUACAGCGACGGUGUUUUAUGCAGUGCGACCGCCCACCGCUCUUAUAGUAUGUGGACAAGAAGGGGGAAUGCAGCGAGCAGUGCUUUGCUCGUAUGACUGGCAGAGAGGUACAUUUUCACGGGAGGCUGUGGUGCGGGUGAAGACGAUUGUGCUGGAGAGGAUGUUUAGGGUUGACCGCUUCCGAUUUGCCCUUAGCCGAAAGAUAUGGGAGAAGAAUCUAGAAUCGUUACAUUCAAAAGUCUGAGACAGAUUCGAGCGACGUGCAGCAGAGAGGAUUCUUAGAGGACCAAUGCGAUGCUGAUUAGGAGGAUAGAGUUGGCUCAAGAGGCAGGCUGAGUUGUAGGCUGAGUUGGUUCUAAUAAUCCUGAGUAUGUAUUUGGUAGG